GCAGGCGCGGCUCGCCGGCGGCGGGGACGGGACGCGGCCCGGGUCCUGGAGAGAGCGGGCGAGCGAGAUCCUGAGGGGCGGCGUCGGGUAUAAGCUGUAACCAUGACUACCGAAGUUGGCUCUGCAUCUGAAGUAAGAGACUCUGACCAAUUGGGAGCAGAUGCAAUCAAGGAGAAAGCUAAAGAAGUAGCAGAAAAUCAGAGAAAUCUGUCAUCUGAGCCCGAAGAGGAAAAACCAUCGCCUACAGCUGAAAGCCAAAGUAGUCCACGCCGCCGUAAGAGAGAGAAAGAUCCAUCUGAGAGCAGGGGUAUUUCUCGGUUCAUUCCCCCGUGGCUUAAGAAACAGAAGUCAUAUAACUUAGUAGUGGCCAAAGAUGGAGGAGAUAAAAAAGAAUCUACCCAAGCUGUUAUGGAAGAACAAAUCUUAGAUAAAGAGGAUUCCCUUCCAUUAGAAGAGAGACGGGCUAAGGGUGAUGCUGAAGAAACGGUUCAGAGGAAGCAUCAAGAGGUUAAGGUGGAGGUGAAGGAAGAAAAGCCUUCUGUGAGCAGUGCUGAGACACAGCCUGCUGAAGAAGUAAAGGAGGAGAAAGAAGAGGAGAAGGUUAAGGAAAUACAGAUUGACAAAUCUGAAGGAGAAGCAGCAAAAAGGGAGACCAAGGAAGUGCAGACCAAUGAGCUGAAGGCGGAGAAGGCUUCCCUGAAAGCUACCAAGAAGACCAAAACUGUACAGUGUAAAGUGACUCUCCUAGAUGGCAGUGAAUACACUUGUGAUCUGGAGAAACGUGCUAAGGGUCAAAUGUUAUUUGACAAAGUGUGUGAACACCUCAAUCUUCUGGAAAAGGACUACUUUGGACUUUUGUUUCAGGAAAAUACUGAACAAAAAAACUGGCUAGAUCCUGCAAAAGAAAUAAAGAGACAACUUCGAAAUCUUCCCUGGCUGUUCACUUUUAAUGUGAAAUUUUAUCCUCCUGAUCCUUCUCAACUUACUGAAGAUAUCACCAGAUACUUCUUGUGCCUUCAGCUUCGGCAGGACAUUGCCUCUGGCCGCCUGCCUUGUUCCUUUGUGACUCAUGCUCUUUUGGGAUCCUACACACUGCAGGCUGAACUUGGAGACUAUGACUCAGAAGAGCAUGGCAAUAUUGACCUCAGUGAUUUCCAGUUUGCCUCCAAUCAGACUAAGGAGUUGGAAGAGAAAGUGGCUGAGCUGCAUAAAACCCACAGGGGCUUAUCUCCAGCACAAGCUGAUUCUCAGUUCUUAGAAAAUGCAAAGAGGCUUUCCAUGUAUGGUGUUGACCUACAUCAUGCCAAGGACUCGGAAGGUGUGGACAUCAAGCUGGGCGUUUGUGCUAAUGGCCUCCUCAUUUACAAAGACAGACUGAGAAUCAAUCGUUUUGCUUGGCCAAAAAUCCUGAAAAUUUCCUAUAAGCGCAGUAACUUCUACAUUAAAGUUAGGCCUGCAGAGCUGGAACAAUUUGAGAGCACCAUUGGAUUCAAACUACCAAACCAUCGGGCAGCGAAAAGGCUAUGGAAAGUGUGUGUGGAGCAUCAUACUUUCUACAGGCUUGUGUCUCCAGAGCAGCCACCAAAGGCUAAGUUCCUGACCUUGGGAUCUAAAUUCCGCUACAGUGGCCGCACACAAGCACAGACUCGUCAAGCAAGCACCCUCAUAGACAGACCUGCACCACACUUUGACCGCACCUCUAGUAAAAGAGUCUCCAGGAGUCUAGAUGGAGCUCUGAUUGGUUCUGUGGACCAAAGUUUUAUGAAGGAUUUUCCAGGUCCUGCUGGGGAAAUUUCAGCAUAUGGCUCUGGAGUCGUCAGCACUGCCAUGGCGGUACAAGAUGGAGACGGCCGGAGGGAUGUUCGAAGUGCAAGUAAAGGUUCACACGGGCAACUCAUUGAAGGAAAGAAAAAUUCCUUGAGAGUAGAAGGGGAUAAUAUUUAUGUCAGACAUAGCAAUUUAAUGUUGGAGGACCUGGAUAAGGCCCAGGAAGACAUACUGAGACAUCAGGCUAGCAUUAGUGAACUCAAGCGCAAUUUUAUGGAAUCCACACCUGAGCCGCGCCCCAAUGAAUGGGAAAAACGACGUAUCACACCUCUGUCCCUACAGACACAAGGGAGUUCACAUGAAACUCUGAAUGUAGUGGAGGAGAAGAAGCGGGCAGAGGUUGGGAAAGACGAAAGAGUAAUCCCAGAAGAAAUGAAUGGUAAAGAGAUCUCACCUGGGAGUGGUCCUGGGGAGAUUCGUAAGGUGGAGCAUGUGACACAAAAAGACUCCACCUCCCUGUCUUCUGAGAGCAGCAGCAGCAGUGAGAGCGAGGAGGAAGAUGUGGGAGAGUACCAACCCCACCACCGUGUGACCGAGGGCAUCAUAAGGGAAGAGCAGGAAGAAUAUGAAGAAGAGAUGGAGGAAGAGCCCGGCCAAGCAGCCCAGGUAGUAGAGAGGGAGGCAGCAGUGCCUGAAGCCAGCCCAGACAGACAAGCAGGUGCCAGUGUAAUCACAGUAGAAACAGUGGCCCAGGAAAAUGUAGUUGUCCAAAACAUACCUGCAGAGAAGAGUGUUCACGAAGGCACUGUUAAGCAAGACGUAAGAGAAGACACAGAGGAAGAACAACAUACAGUUAACGGAGAGGUGUCUCAUGUUGACAUUGAUGUUUUGCCACAAAUUAUUUGUUGUUCAGAGCCACCAGUGGUAAAAACAGAGAUGGUAACAAUUUCUGAUGCCUCACAAAGGACAGAGAUCUCUACCAAGGAAGUCCCCAUUGUCCAAACUGAGACCAAAACCAUCACAUAUGAAUCUCCACAGAUUGAUGGCGGGGCUGGUGGUGAUUCAGGCACGUUACUGACCGCACAAACCAUCACAUCUGAGUCCGUGUCAACAACGACAACCACACAUAUCACCAAGACUGUAAAAGGUGGAAUAUCUGAAACAAGAAUUGAGAAACGCAUUGUGAUUACAGGAGAUGCAGAUAUUGAUCAUGACCAGGCACUGGCUCAGGCAAUCAGGGAGGCCAAAGAACAGCACCCUGACAUGUCAGUCACAAGAGUGGUAGUGCACAAAGAAACAGAGUUGGCAGAGGAAGGGGAAGAAUAAAGAAAAGCAUUUUAUAAACAACAUUUAACUUGUUGAACCUGAAGAAUUUUGACCAUUCCAAGUCUUAAUGCCACAUCACUACUCGAGCAAAUUUGUGCUACAACUGGUAACAAUGACCAGGAGCCUGAAGAAUUAAAAUGCCAACACCAAACCUUACCUUAACAGCUCUGGUCUAUACUAUUCUUGUGCAUUUUUAAUAUGUUAUUUUGUUUUAUAACCACUUAAUAUCCUUGUUUCUUACUUUUUUUUUAAUUGAGGGGUUUUGUUCUUGUUUCCUCUUUACCUUGUGUACAACCACCUGCUUUUUAUGACUCAUUUACCCCGAUGACAGUGAACAAAGCCAGCCCAGGCUGGUGAGGUGCUGUUCACUUGAACAGGUGCUGUUAUGCGGAAAGGAACCUCUGUGACUAAUUAAAAGAGUGGUUUUCCUUGUUCCAUCUUUUCCCAUUGAAUUCUUACAGUAAAUAUUUACAGAGUUUUCAGAUUACAGUAAAUAUACUGUACAAGAAAAUAUUAAUACCAAUUAAAAGCAUUUCUUACAUCUUUAAAUUUUUCUAAUCUUUGAAAAUUUCACUAGGGAUAUUUUUUAUAUUGAACCCUUUUGACUUUCCAGUCCUCUGACUUUUUGCUUUCAGUAGAGAGUCAGAGAAUCUCCAGACUGGAGAAUUAUGAAGCUUAUGACCAUGCACUGUGUUCAAGGACUUUAUCAGACCACAGUGCCAGUACUCACACUCGUUCACAGCAUUCCAGAAUAGGAGGGAGGAAAAGAGAAACUGCCCUCCCUUCUACUAAAAUGUUCCGGCAGCUUAAAACCUUAGUGCUUUCUUUCUUAACACUUCCGAAUUUCAGUACUUUGCAUUAUUUGAACAUUGGGUAGAAAACCUGCUUUGUAUUAAGCCUUGUCUAUAUGUAAAACUGACCUCCCGUUACUGAGCAGGUCUAUCUCUUUUCAGAUAGCUUGGUUUUGAGGAUACUGAGGAGAGGAGAGGAAUAGGGGGUUAUGGUGGGAUUUUUGUUAGUCUAAGAAAGUGAUGCUGUUUAAAGCUGACACCAGAGACCUGAUAGGAACUUACUAUUAACUGUAUUGAAUUAUUUUUCCCCUUGCUUUUGACCCUAUGUAUAGUUACAAUGCCAUAUUAGAUUUAUAGCCGCUUCAAGUUGUAUUAAAUGAUAUUUUGCUUUCUGUAAUACUGUUAUAAAAUAAAGUUUGUUUAUUCUCUAAA